CUGUCACUUCUUCUUGCUUCCCCUCAGUCUUCCCGUUGCUGCCUCUUCGCUCCGCACCGUGUCCCGUCAUCGUUUCAGACGUUGCUUCUCCUUGCCGUCGUCGUCUCUCAAAGAUCUGCUUGGAGCUGUUGGCGUCGCAGUCUCCGUCAUCGUCGUCUUCGAGCCCUCUCACUCCUUCUCUUUCUGUCCGAGCUGAAUUUCCUUCCUCCCUCGCCGUCACUUCCCUUCCUCCCUCAUUGCCAGUUGAAUAAUUGUUGAAUAAUUAUAAAGGAGAAGAGAACCAGAUUCUCGACGGUGCUCUCUUAUUCAUCUUCUUCUUAUUCGUUGUUCCGAAAGUCCAAAGAAAGAAGAAGCGGCGAAACGAAACGAUGUCGUACGACGACGUUGAGAUCGAGGACAUGGAGUGGAACGAGGAGCUUCAGGCAUACACGUACCCUUGCCCCUGCGGCGACCUCUUUCAGAUCACCAAGGACGAUUUGAAACUCGGCGAGGAAAUCGCUCGCUGCCCUAGCUGCUCCCUCUACAUCACCGUCAUCUACAACAUCGAAGAUUUCUCCGAUCACAAUCGCAACAAACCUCUCCAACCUUCAAAUCCCCAAUCCCUCACCGUUGCUUGAAUUUCCAGGUGUCCCGGAAUGGAGGCCGGAACAAGUUUUGUCACAGCUUUUGACUUAUUGUAGCAUGCACAGCACAGGUCUUGCUUUGCAUAUCGGAAUUCUUGUUAUUUGAAAUGAGAAGGGAGAGAUAAGCGUCACCAGAGAUUAUAUAGUACAGAAAGAGCGCUAUUAUUUCUGUAUCAUUGUUAUGUGGGAAACUAGCUUAAGCUUUAGUUAUUGAACUUGGUUGAACUUUUGAUAGGACAUUGAUUCUUAUAAAAUAAAUCAUCAUUGGUAUA